AUGGCUGUAUUGUCCACUUUUCUUAUGGACAACCUAUUAUCGGCACCUGGCCUUGCUCCAAAAUUGGGGUUGAAACCUAAAGCUCCCAGAAGUUUAACGGCUUCCUCCAAUUUAGUUUUAACACAGAGUGCACCUAAAAAAAAACAAAAAUACCUGAAUCUCGACAAUUUUACUGAUCUGUUCGGAAUCAAGAGGCUGGAAAACAAUGUACUCGUCGAUCCUGUUCAUAAACUCCGGCCGGAAAGUCUCUCUCGCCAGCUCAACCACCUGCCUCUUCAUCACCUCGUAAACCGCGUCCUUCCCAUCCUGCGUAUUCCUAAGCGUCUCCAGAAUAUAAUGCGACCCGAUAUUCGACGUCAUGAUCAGAACCGUGUUUGUGAAGCUCACAGUCCUCCCCUGAGAAUCCGUAAUCCUCCCAUCAUCCAACAGCUGCAACAAGAUAUUAAAAACAUCGUGGUGCGCUUUCUCGAUCUCGUCAAAAAGUACAACCGAGUACGGCCUGCGCCGUACAACCUCAGUCAACUGCCCACCUUCCUCAUACCCAACAUAUCCAGGUGGCGCCCCCACUAG